AUGACUGGGCAGGAGGAGACUGCCUCUCUGAUAUCAUCGAGCCGCUUGGAUUACCAAACUACUGAUCAUGUAAACGGUGCAAGGGAAGUUCUAGAUGAGGGACUGGAGUUUGUAGCUGAACAAGCAAGUGUUGCCGUAUUUGAAAAUGCAAUGGCAAAUGAUCAGUCCGAAGAAGAAGAUGAUACCGUCGAGGUGGGGUGGACAAGGGCUAUGCGUACAAGGCACCAGGAUCUAAGCUUCUAUCAAAGGCCAAGUAUGUUAGUUUUGUGUACCUUGCUAGUGUUGCUCUGUGUGACAGAGUCACUAUGUUUUACGCCGGCGAUUGCUUUGACUAUGAAGAAGAUCUGCGAUGGGUUGUUGGAAGUCAAUGAUGCGGCUGCAGAUCUAGCUAAACGUGAAUGUGAUCCAAAAAAGGUUCAAGCUAUAAUGUCAGGGAUAACAUCUCUUUUGUCGAUAAGCACUGGCUUAAUAGGCACCUUCAUGUCCGCAAAAUGGGGGGAACUAUCCGACAGGAUCGGUAGAGUCCGCGUAUUCGGAUAUAUAGCAUUCAUUAAAAUAUUCGGCAAUGCGAUACAAUUAUAUGCGUUAUCGCCAGCUGUGAGGUAUCAUAAGUGGGGGAUAAUCCUUGGACUAUCGAUCUCGCCGUUUAGCGGAGGAAUCCUAGCUGCCGUGGCAAUUGGAAAUAGCUAUGUGGCGGAUAUUAUGGAGUCCGAACACAGAGCACUGUCCAUGAGUAUUAUGAUGAGCGCAAUAUAUGCGUCCAUAGGUUUAGGGCCAAUGUUGAGUGGGAUUUUGAUCAACAUGUUCAAUGGUAACAAUGCAGCACCUAUUUACUUUUCCCUGCUAACCGGUUCUUUAUCGGCAAUAUUAUGUUUGACUGCGAUACACGAGCCACGCCACGAAGACGCUUUAAAACUCUCACACACUCAUUUCAUGGAGAGGAAGGACAGUCUCUCCAGUUCGAAACCAAACGUCAAAGUAGCUGCAACCUUAUUUUCUAGAACAAGAGAGUACUUAAGAUUCUGUUCUCUACAGGCGAUUGAUGUGUUGUCACCCGUGAAAAUAUUAUGGCUGAAACCCACUGCCAGCGGCUCACUCAUCCCACGUUACACAGUGGUACUCCUUUUGAUAAUCGACGUCCUCUUCCUAUGUAUGACGUCCGCCUCAAUGUCGACAAUUGUUUUGUAUGCAACUUACAAAUUCGAUUGGCGAGCAGUGAAGCUCGGUUACUUCAUCUCAAUCUCGGGACUCGGCAAAGCUGCCGUGCUGAUGUUGCUCUCUCCAGCUAUGCUGUAUGCGUUGAAGAAACACUACAGGUCGCUUAACAACUCCAUUGACCAAAUCGACGUGUUUUGUAUCAGGCUGUCGAUGGUACUUCUGACGCUCAGCACACUAAUUGUGCUGCUCGAUAACGAAAACGAAAGCUCACUAUUCGUGCUAGCGGUGUUGCAUGCAUUAAGUGCCUUUUGCUCACCCACUUUACAAUCAUCAAUCAUAAAGUACUGUUCCAAGAAGUUCACAGGCCAGUGCUUCGGUGGUAUGGCACUGAUCCGCUCGGCCGUGAUGCUUGCCCUGCCUCCCGUGUUCCUGAUGAUAUACGGUUCCACAGUCUCUUUCAGACCGGAAAUUUUCCUCUACGUCAUCUCAGCCUGCGGCGUGCUAGCUAUCGCUCUGACAUUUUUUCUACGAAUCGUCGAGGAUAACAACGUACUAAGAAGACCUUCCGAAGUUGCUUUAAAUGCACCCGGAAGGCAAGACGUAUCGCAAGUGGCAUCUCGAAGAGCUUCUACCGCUCAGUCACUACGACAAAAUAGAUAG